UUUGUGUUGCUGACGAGACGCUGGUGGAGAUGCGGAAGUAGACGGUUGUAACAAUUAGCCACCUUGCUAGCUAAUUAUUUACUUAACUGAAGAUUUACUCGAUAAAGACAACGAUAAAUAGGUCCUGAAUUGAAUGAUAUAUCCUUUGAUACGUAUUUGUUGGUGAAACCUACAUAUUUCCUCGCUCAACCAGGAGGGAAUUUGAAAACAAUCGAACUCCCUGUCAGGUGUAUAGGAGGAAGGUCCUGAUGGCAGACCACACUGAUGUCAGCCUGCCCCCUGAGGACCGUGUCCGUGCCCUGACCAAGAAGGGCAGCUCUGUGGACGUGAACGAGGACGUUCCUCCCCGGAGGUAUUUCAGGUCAGGCGUGGAGAUGAUCCGUAUGGCCAACACCUACACCGAGGAGGGCAACGCCGAGCACGCCUUCGUACUCUACAACAAGUAUAUCACGCUCUUCAUUGAGAAGCUUCCUAAACAUAGAGAUUACAAAACAGCCAACAUUCCAGAGAAGAAGGACACUUUGAAGAGGCUGAAGGAGGUGGCCUUCCCUCAAGCAGAGGUGCUGAAGAAGGCUCUUCUCAAGAUAUAUGAGCAGGAGCAUGCACAGUAUCUCAUCAAAAAGAAAGCGGAGGAGGCAACCUUGGCGCAGCAGCAGUCGAAGCAGCAGGCGCUAGAAGCAGAGCGGGAGCGUGUGGUGGAACUGCAGCGGCGCCAACGGGAACAAGAGCAGUUCAGCGCCUUCGAGGAGAUGAUCAGGCGUCAGGAGCUGGAGAAGGAGAGGCAGCGUAUCCUUCAGGAGUUUCAUGCUCCUGGGACCCCUCCCCCUGAUGCACCCCUCCUCCCAGGGAUCCAGGGCCCCCCUCUUCCCCUGGCUGUGUCCCCCACCCCCCCUCAGAGCCCGGGGGACAGCGCCGGCCAGGUCAGACCGCUCCCCACCUUCGACCGGACGCUCAAACCUGUGAGCCCUAGUGGGAACAGCAACACCAUGGAUGGGAUGGUGGAUGGCAUCCGGCAGCUGGCAGUGCCCUCAGAGCUCUGCAGCAGCUUCCUCAGGCUAGCUGAGUCCAACACCAGCCGAGCUGUGGAGACCUGUGGCAUCCUCUGUGGCAAACUGCUGAGGAAUGCGUUCACAGUGACCCAUGUGAUUGUGCCGAAGCAGAACGGAGGGCCAGACUACUGCGACACGGAGAACGAAGAGGAGCUGUUCCUGAUCCAGGACCAGUAUGACCUCAUCACCCUGGGCUGGAUACAUACCCACCCCACCCAGACAGCCUUCCUGUCCAGUGUCGAUCUCCACACACACUGUUCCUACCAGCUCAUGAUGCCGGAGGCUAUCGCUAUUGUCUGCUCACCCAGGUUCAACGAGACGGGCUACUUCAGGAUAACAGACCGUGGGAUGGAUGAGAUCUCAACAUGUAAACAGAAAGGCUUCCACCCUCACAGCAAAGACCCUCCUCUCUUCACUGGAGCAGGACACAUCACCGUCACCGAGGACAGAGUCACCAUGUUGGACCUGCGGUGAUCACCUCUGGACUGGGGAUCUACACACCAAACGCUGGCUGGCUGGUUGGCUGGCUGACUGACUGUAUUUGUUUAUUAGGAUCCCCAUUUAGCUUUUUAAGAAGCGGCAGCUACUCUUCCUGGGAACCAUAAAAAUCACAAAACAUGACAAGUAACUGAUAAAGUUGACUGGCUGACCUGCCUGGCCAGCUGACAUCUAGCUUAAUUUGGGGUUGCAUAAUUCUGGUAAUUUUCUUUAAAUUGUUGUAAAAUGACCAGGGUGCCAUGAAUCUUGGUUGGAGAUUUUCCCGGAUUUCCAGGAAUAUUCCAACCAGGAUUUCUGAAUAAUCCAGGAAUUUGGAGAAAGACUGUUAAAAGACAGAGACAUCUUACUUCUAAACCCAUUGUUCUACCCAUCAGUACAGACAGUGGGAAUGGUUCAUUAAGGGACCUCCUGCGCUCACUGUCCUCCGUUGAACUAAAGCAGACCGCUUCUCGUAGGGGGAAGGACAACUCUCCUGGGUCCACUCCCACUUUUCUGUCUUAGUCACCUCUGGAAUAAAACUCACUUUUUAAAUAAAGACUAUCACUCCAUAAAGCUCUGCUAGGCUUGCUGCCAACAGUCCGUUUAUGAUUUCAUAUCCUUUUUGAUGGUUUUCUGCUUUUUUUUUGCUCAGAGCUUACCUGUCUCACAGGCUGGCUACCUGUCUCACAGGCUGGCUACCUGUCUCACAGGCUGGCUACCUGUCUCACAGGCUGGCUACCUGUCUCACAGGCUGGCUACCUGUCUCACAGGCUGGCUACCUGUCUCACAGGCUGGCUACCUGUCUCACAGGCUGGCUACCUGUCUCACAGGCUGGCUGGCUACCUGUCUCACAGGCUGGCUGGCUACCUGUCUCACAGGCUGGCUGGCUACCUGUCUCACAGGCUGGCUGGCUACCUGUCUCACAGGCAGGCUGGCUACCUGUCUCACAGGCAGGCUGGCUACCUGUCUCACAGGCUGGCUGGCUACCUGUCUCACAGGCUGGCUGGCUACCUGUCUCGCAGGCUGGCUGGCUGGCUACCUGUCGCGCAGGCUGGCUGGCUGGCUACCUGUCUCGCAGGCUGGCUGGCUGGCUGGCUACCUGUCUCGCAGGCUGGCUGGCUGGCUGGCUACCUGUCUCGCAGGCUGGCUGGCUGGCUACCUGUCUCGCAGGCUGGCUGGCUGGCUACCUGUCUCGCAGGCUGGCUGGCUGGCUACCUGUCUCGCAGGCUGGCUGGCUGGCUACCUGUCUCGCAGGCUGGCUGGCUGGCUACCUGUCUCGCAGGCUGGCUGGCUGGCUACCUGUCUCGCAGGCUGGCUCAGAUCAGAGAGGAUCUAUAGGCAAUGUGAGAGGAUUUUUCCUACAAAACUGUCUCUUGUGUUGCACAGGAGGCUGCUGAGGGGAGGAGCUGAAUAAAUGGAUCAAACACAUGGUUUCCGUUUCAUUCAUUUAUUAUGAGCUGUCCUCCCCUCACCAGCCUCCGGGGUUUAUAUGGUCUGACAGGGCAUGCAGACCUAACAGUCUAACCUAAGGAAAGUGCCAAGGAGAACUGACUAGAGACGAUGACGCCGUACGUCUCUUGAUUUUCUCCCAGUUUGUGAUCGUCAUAAUAAGAUGACUAACAGCUGCACUCUCAUGGACAACAGAUAGAAAUACAACGAGAGGCAUGCCUUUUCAGUACCAUCUAUUUUAUCUGGAUCUUCCACAAGGACGAGGGGGAUGUCGCCCCCUAGAUGCUGAUCUUGGAUUUGGCAGUUUCCCCACGAAUGGUUAAUGUUAUGUUUGAGGAGGCUGAUUCCAGACCUGUAGUCCGGAGCGUUCCACAACGUUGUGUGUUUGAACGCAGCAUCCAUCUAGUGCUUAUUAAGGGACCUGUAUACUUUGUGUCUGUUUAGACAGCAGUUAAAGAAAUGGGUGAAAGGCAGUUUGAAUGCGUAUAACUGUUGUCCCGUGUGAUUAAUAACUAUUAUCUGUAUGUUUAUACUUCUCUCUGUCCUAUUAAUGACUUGUCAGGCUGCUCUAGAUGGUUCUCAAUGUGUUCAGCUGUAAUUAAAUGGCUAAGUGAGGCUCUGUUCCAGUAUGGCCAUGUCACUGGCUUUGGAAGCGCUUUAAUAAAGGGGAACUUCCCCAUCUGAAUAUUGCUUCUCUUGCUUUCCCAAAUAUAUCCACUAGGGGGAGACAAAUAGUAGAAAAUGUUUUGAGGUUUGCUCUCUGUCCCCCUCCAACCCGUUCUCUAUCCACCCCUUCUCAAUUCAAUUCAAAGGGCUUUAUUGGCAUGGGAAACAUAUGUUAACAUUGCCAAAGCAAGUGAAAUAGAUUGUAAACAGAAGUGAAAUGAACAAUAAAAAUUAACAGUAACCAUUACACUAAAGAGUUCCAAAAGAAGAAUGAAUUUUCAAAUGUCAUAUUAUGUGUAUAUAUACAGUGUUGUGGUGAUGUGCAAAUAGUUAUUAAAGUACAAAAGCGAAAAUAAACACAAAUAUAGGUUGUAUUUA